ACUUUAAUUAAUUAAUUUUAUCACGGUCCGACGUUUCAUAACGAUCUCCUUCGAUAACGAUUAAUUAAAUUGAAGUUACUCAUUACUUAAUAGUCACAAAUUUAAGUGAUUGGCUCUAAUGGAAAAGGCGUAAUAGAUAUUCUACUCCUCGCACGUCUAAAGUGUUCACGUAAUCAAAUAAAUGGAAAUAACUAUUUUUGAAAAUCGAAUGGAAACUAAAGCUAUACAAGAAAGGCUUCCCUUGAUUGUGGAUUGCCUUCAGCCCUUAUUGUUUGUGGAAAAGUGUUUUGGGACCUUUCGUUUUCGUCAAGUAAGAGGAUGUUUGCAUCCACCCACAUUUAAGAGUAAAGCGUAUGCUAUAGCUCUGUUAAUUGUCAUCAGCAUUCCAUAUUUAGCGGCAUUAUGUAUGUCACAGUCACCGUAUGGUGUUGAUGGGAUAAAAUUCGAACUAGUAAAUGCGGCACCGGUCCUACUCUUAGUGAUUCAAUUUGUAAUAUCAAUGUUAGUGCCUUUUAUGUUCUCUAAGGAGAAUGUUAUCAUUGUGCAAUCAUUAUCCCAAAUAGAUGACCUGUUAAAUGUAGACGAAAAACAAUAUAGGAAAGGCAAGCGAAGAAUUCUGGUAAAAUUAAUCACCUUCAGUAUUAUUUUAAUUCUAAGUAUGGUUUACGAAUUUUAUAACCAAGAUGUGUUUACAGUUACUGUACUGUUCAUAUCACUAAUGAAAUACGGGGACAAACUACGAGUAUUUUCAUUUUAUGUAUACAUUAGCUGGAUAACUGAGAGGAUUAAUAUUCUCAAUAAGUAUUUGAUGACUCUGAGCAAUAUUGGAUGUAAUAAAGUAAAAAAAUGUUCCGUAUUUGUUAUCAGACCCAAGAUGGCCGAAACCGUUGAAAUUAAAAGUUUAUCAAAGUCUUUCCAUUUGAUUGGGAAUACCCUUCUAUUAGUAAAUUCAGUUUUCGAAGUGCAUUUGUUUUUUGCUAUAGUUACCGCAUUUUUUAACAUAAUAAUGUCGUUAUAUAUGUAUAUUUAUUACUAUCGGAUAUUUAAGUUAUCACAAAAAUAUAUGGUAGGGAUAGCAUAUUGGUGCACAACUGAAAUAUUUUAUCUCAUAAUUGUAUGCUGUUUGUGUGAAAAUAUACUUAAAAUACGUAACAGGACAGAAGUUUUAGCAAACGAUAUUAUAAUGAGUUACAAUAAAUCAGACAAAGUGAGAAAUCAGGCGAAAACUUUAAAGGAAGUGGUGGAUGCAUGGCCAAUGAAUAACGUGGUAUAUGGUGUGUUUCAGCUGAACGUAAAAUUUAUGUUGAAAUUUAUAAAUAUUUCUACCACAUAUUUCAUACUUCUUAUUCAAGUCUCUCAUUUCAUAUAAGCAAAAAUUUUAUAAUAACUAUACUGUAUUUGUGACAUGCCGUUUUUUGUUUCGAAAAUGAAAUAAAUAAAGACGAUUUAAAAUAAAUCUAAAUUCCCGGCUGGAAAUCUACUCUCCUUACAAAGCUUAUCUUUUGACUAACGACAGAACGGUGGAAACGGCAGUUUCAAGCUGAUACCAUCUAUAUACUUUUAAGAAGAGAGUUGACUGUUGGUGAUUUUCUUUAG